AUGUCAACAAAAUCCUUUCCAGAUUCUUUGCAAACGGGAUUGGAGACGGGUGUAAAAGUGGUCGGCGAUGCGGCUAGUGCUGCAGCAAAUCAAGCAAAGGCUGCUGCUGAUGUCGUAGCGGCUGUGCCAGGACGAGUAGUGGAUAUGGGGACCAGUCUGGUGUCAGACGGAAUCAAUGGAGUGCAGGAGAUAUUCAAUGUGGAAGUUGAGAACAUGUGCGGAUUCGCUCAUGUUGGAGUUCUUUCGAUGUCUAAUUGGGAUAUCAAACACCUAUCACCUAAGACUUUACGGCCAGGAAAGCCUGUCAUAUCGGCAGCUUCGUAG